AUGGAAGCGCUCAUUGCGGUCGGACUGGCAGGCAACGUGGUCCAGUUUCUCCAAGGCGUUGGCAGCUUGAUCGCCGAGGCCAACGCGAUAAGGAAAAGCGGCAGUCCCUCAUCACUUCAGGAUCUCCGACGCCUCUCAACGACACUGACUGACCAAGCUGCUGUGCUGAAAACUCGUCUGAAGGCAUGCAGCGCGACGCUGAAAGAGGAGGAUCAGGUGAGUUAUUAUCUAUGCCAUCGUUUCGUACCUGCUAAUCGCGUUGCGCAGAAUCUCUUAGAUCUUGCUGCAGAAUGUGAAGAGGCUGGCACGCAUUUCAUCACCUACCUGGAGGGUUUGACUAGCCACUCAUCCUCAAAAUUUCUGCGAACCGUGAAGACUGCUGCCAAAUACCAUUGGUCUUCACACCAUAUCGACGAUUUCGUCGCUAAACUCGAAAAGCUUCGCGGUUCCCUUACCCUGGCCACAGUACUAGCGCUUCGCACUAGUUCAGAGAGCGACAAUGAUGAGAUUCUUACACACUUGAAAGCAAUCCAACAAGACCAUGGAGUUUGGAAGUUGGAUGAUGAGAAGAUUAGGAUAGCGGUCGAGGCUCUCGCGGAUGCCGUACAGGAACAAGCAAGCGACAUGUCUGCUGUAAUUCAGGAACAGAUUCAGUCAUGUUUGGAUAAGAUCACCAAUUUGCACGGCGAGAUCUCUCCAAACGGAAGUUCACGAAGUCGAGAGAAAGAAAUCCUGAGAUGGCUGGACUUCCGGCAGAUCUUCUGGCGUUAUGAGAGUGUCGCGAAAGCUUACCGGAAGACGUAUGGAUGGGUUUAUAAAUCGCCAGCUGUGCACAACAAGUGGUCGGACUUCUCACUACACUUGCAGCAAGACAGAAGUGAGCCAUACUUCAUUAGCGGGAAAGCUGGUAGUGGCAAAUCGACCUUGAUGAAGUUUAUCUACGACGAUCCAAGAACUCAAAAAGCGUUAAAGCAAUGGGCAGGAGAGAGCGAGCUGAUGAACUUGCACUUCUUCUUCUGGAACUUGGGAACUACCCAUCAAAAGACUCAUGUCGGAAUGCUCAGAGCUCUUCUCCACACGGUACUCGAUAAACACCCGGAAUUGGUACCAGCUGUCUUUCCACGAUUAUACCGAAACUGGAAAGCCUCAGACGCUGAUACUGAGCCCGAAUAUGUCGAGAUGAAGGAGGCAUUCGAACGACUAAUGAACAAGUCCCGAUUUCUGAGGCUGGCAAUCUUCAUAGAUGGUAUCGACGAAUUUGAGGGCGACCACCGCGACAUGGCACUCUUCCUACGAUCACUGCCAUUACCGCACAUAAAAUUGACUGUCUCAAGUCGACCUCUCAACGCCUGCUUGGAUGCACUGGCAGGAUGCCCUACCUUACGCCUCCAAGAGUUGACCCGGCCGGAUAUGGAAAAGUAUGUGCAAGGGGAGCUUUCAUCCAAUCACCUCAUGGCCCGCCUGAUGCAACAAUUUCCAACAAGAGCCCCGCUUCUGAUAAUCGAUUUACUCGACAAAGCAGAGGGUGUUUUUCUCUGGACCAAGCUCGUCGUACGUCUUCUCAUCGACGGUCUCGAGGAUGGAGAUACUCUUGAGGAGCUCCAGGCCAAACUUACACUGCUUCCCUCAGAUCUUAGGUAUCUGUACAAGAAUAUGUUUGGGAAAAUGAGGAUUGAGUACCAGCAGCAAGCUGCAGUCAUCUUCCAGCUGCUUGACCGGUGGCACCGCUGUAUAGACUCUCGACCCCUGCCUGGCCUGGUCUUGUUAUACGUCAUAAACCCUGCUACAGAUGUCUUCGAAACAACGGCCACUUCGCUAACUGGCGAGACAUUUGACUGGACUAUGAGCACUUUGGACAAACGCGUUCGCAGUCGUUGUUGUGGUCUACUCGAGCUGCGCCAUAACGAGACGGCGCUGGACGGCUGGUCAGCUCCAAUGACUGCUGGAGAGCUGAUCACUAUCGACGAUGUCAACCGUACUGUGAUCACAUAUUUGCAUAGAACUGUCGCCGAAUUCAUUGCGACGGCCGAAGUUUGGCAGGAAGUCUGCGAGCUGACAAGCAAUAUGGCCUUUGAUGCCGCCUCCAGUCUCACAUUCGCAUGCUUGUCUACGAUGGAGCUAGCCACACGGUUUGACUACAACGGGCUGAUAUGGUACUUAGAAGCCGCCGCGGGGUUUUUCCGGCAGAUCAGUACCACAGAGUCACGAAUUGUUCAGAAGUAUAUUCAUGACAUGGACCGGAUCAUUAAGGCUCUGUUAAAUGACCUUGAGCGACUCACUGGGACCAAGGAUAAUCGAGUUGGAAGUCCCAGAGUAAAGCGCAAGGGCUCCAACUUGGGAAUCAAUCGCAAGAACGAGAAGAAAGCACGGAGAAAUAGGAAGGUCAAAGAGCGAGCGAAAGGUGGAGCGAGCUAA